ACUCCGGGUGGAUACCCUGUGAGUCUGUGACCUGUGUUAGGUUAACUACCAGAUACUCUCCUCCGGCCCAUCAUUUCCAUCGAUGGUAGUCGCCGGCUGUUCCCAGUCCGCCGAGAAAAUGGUUAGAGCUUCGUCAAGACUGCUCUAUCACUUAACCAAUCCGAAAUCUCUCCUUCAUCACUGCCCUUUCGCUAUCUUCGGCCUGGCUCGUCGUCAUUCUCCGGCCUUCCCGGUUGCAACCCUGUACGCUGCCCCCAACCACCUCCUACAUUUCUCUCGCACCAAUUCACUUAUUCCGAUCAAUUUCGCGCAUAGUUUUUACUCCAGAGCGACUGAUAAUACCUGGCAAGAUUACAAUCAUAUUCCCGCUAAUGACUACCAAGUCUCACUGUCUCAUCCAUGGCCGGAGUGGCACCGCCUACUUGAAUCUCUAUCCAUUUUAGGUUACUUUAACUGGAGCAGUAACAUCGAGGAUGAAAUUGUUGCGAAUGAGAAAUUAUCAAUGGAGUUUGUCGCUGCUGCGAAUUCCUGUUUGGCCUUUGCUCGUGAUAGACCUUUAAUCUUAGGGUGGCUUCGAAGAGAGGACAUCGAGGUGCUUAUCACUGAUUGCUAUCCAUUUCUGUUCAAAGAUGCCCAUGAAACCGAGAGAAGAAUUAGGUCUUUCUUACAGGCAGGGGGAUCAUUCCAAGCAAGACCAGUAGACUUGAUGAAGUGCAUAGUAAGUUAUGCAAGCAAUCCUAUCAUUUAUCCUGAAAGAAACAUUAAGGAAGCUACUGUAUCAUUUGUCAGAAACUUGUUACAAGAAAUGGCUAAUAUAAGCUGUAAAGUUGGAUCACCAGAGCAGUAUCAAGAACAAAUUCCAAGAAAUCUCGGACCAAAUAUUACCAUGAAGAAAGGUGAUUGGAUAUGCCCAAAAUGCAACUUCAUGAACUUUGCAAGAAAUACUAAAUGCCUUGAAUGUGAGGAGCUCAGACCAGUUGAUAACUCAAGAUAUACCAAGACAAUCGAAAGAGGACAAAAUGACAGAAAUGCUCCCUCUCCUGUCACCAUAGACAGCAACAAUUCCAAUUAUCUUCAGAGCAAGCAGACUCAAGACCCUGAUAAAGAAGAAAAAGUAGAAACAUGGUUCAAAAAGAUGAAAAUUUUGCACAAUGUCACAGACCCAAAAACUUCUGUUUCUCAUGAAGAAAACAAAAAGACAGAAAUACCCUUUUCUCCUAAACGACACCAACCAAGUUCUAGCACCUAUGUUCCUUUCGUCCCAUUUCCACCAAACUAUUUUGCCAAGAAAGAUGAUAACAGUAACACAUGUGUGAAAGAAACAGGAACUGAUGACGUGGAUUCCAGGUCAUCAAUUGGGAACAAAACCCUAGUAAGUGAAGAUACGAUUACAAAUAAUACCGGUUCAUCAGGUAACAAGUUAAGAAGUUUGGAGGGGUCAGCAGUGAUUGAAUCUGAUCCGUUGGAUAUGUCUGAAGAGGCUAAGGCAGAAAGGUGGUUCAGACGUGUUGCACAGAUUAAGGAUAUUUCUGAAUUAAGUCAAAUUCCUGAUGAAGAUUUUCCAUCGAUUAUGCCAAUGAGAAAAGGGGUGAAUCGGUUUGUUGUAAGUAAGAGGAAAACGCCAUUAGAAAGGAGGUUAACAUCUCCUCAGUAUAGAAAGAGUCUUAGAAGUGUGAGCUUUGAGAGGAAAAGUGAAGGGGAUGAUGAUAAUUGAACAAUGAAAUUGUUAUUUUUAUUGAAUGUGAGAAAUAGCAAUUUAUUUUUA